GAAGGUGGACUAGGUAUUGAAUUUAUUCUUUUGGAAUAAAAGUUGCCGUAAUGGCAACGCAACUGGAUCCUAAUGUCAAAGAUGACCUGAAGACACAGUUUAUAACACGAGAGGGUACCUAUCGAUUGCUUACCCUCUCCGAGUAUUCACGACCCAAUCGUGUGGGCUAUACCAAUAAUCAGAGUUCACCACAAGUAAGAGUAUCGAUUGUUACCCUGCCAAAUCCACCGGCAGGAGCGACUAACAAUGGCAACAGCAGUGGCGGUGGGAAUGGCUCGACUGCAGCUACCGGCUCAUCUGCGAAUGCGGUGAAUAAUAAUGGUACAAAUGGUCGUAAUGUUAACGUAAACAAUUCAUCAUCAACAACCGCAACAACAUCCUCAAAUAAUGGAGCUGGUGGUAAUAAUAGUUCGUCGGCCAAUGGUGGUGAUAGCUACGAUCUUGGUGGUCUACAAUCAUCGUCCUCGUUAAAUGGACCGGUGUUAUCAUCCCAGUCACAAUAUGUUGUACCUUCAUCGAUGGAUGCACGUUUGGGUGCCGGCAUGUCAAUGCACACAAUGAUGAAUGGUUCGGGUGGUGUGGGCGGUGGCGCAAACGGCAAUGGUGGUGGUGGUAUCGAUCAAAAUGGCAUGCCUAUCAAUCAGGUGUUGGGCGGUGAUCGUAUCUGUUUCAAUUUUGGCCGAGAAUUAUAUGUUUAUGCAUUUCGUGGUGUUAAAAAGGGUGCCGAACUAAGUAAACCAAUCGAUAGAAAAUUCUAUAAAGGAACCAAUCCUAGCUGUCAUGAUUUUAAUGCCACCACAGCAACACCUACUGGAGCUCCUUUACUGGUGGGGUUUACAACGGGACAAAUACAAUUGGUUUCACCACAGCCAGGACCACGUGAAUAUCGAAAACUUUACAAUGAAGAUCGUCUUAUUGACAAAACCAAAGUGACCUGCUUAAAAUGGCUGCCAAAUUCACCAAAUCUCUUUUUGGCCUCACAUGCGUCGGGACACCUGUAUCUAUACAACGAGAAUCUACAAUGUCCGCCGACAGCGCCCGUCUAUCAACCCUUUAAAAUGGGCGAUGGCUAUUCAAUACUAACCUGCAAAUCGAAAUCGAGUCGGAAUCCCCUCUACAAAUGGGUAUUCAACACCGAGAAUUGUUGUAUAAAUGAAUUCUGUUUCUCACCAUGUGGUUCAAAUUUAGCCAUAGUAUCACAAGAUGGAUUUCUCCGGGUAUUUCAUUAUGAUACAAUGGAAUUGUUGGGUAUAGCACGUUCCUAUUUUGGUGGUUUUUUAUGUGUCUGCUGGUCACCGGAUGGUAAAUACAUAGUGGUGGGCGGAGAAGAUGACCUAGUCACAGUGUGGUCAUUUCAUGAACGUCGUGUAGUGGCCCGGGGUCAGGGUCAUAGAUCAUGGGUUUCAGUGGUGGCUUUUGACCCGUACACCACGUCAUAUACCUCGUGGGAUGGCGGAGAUUUUUCGGAUGAUGAAAAUCAAAUAAUGGAAUAUUCCACAUCAGGAUCACGAUAUGCGUCGGGUGAUCAAUCGGCGGUGAAUGGCUAUGAUUCAUAUGGUGGAUCGGCUGCGGUGGGUGGUCAUGAUAAGAACUCAACGCCCAUACACACGCGUCAAAGGCCACAGUCGGCAUCAUUUCGAUCGGAGGCCUCGUCACUUGCACCUGAUAAAUUAGCCAUAAGUUAUCGUUUGGGUUCUGUUAGUCAAGAUACCCAAAUAUGUCUGUGGGACAUUACCGAGGAUAUCCUAAGGCAUCCUCUGUCCCUGCGUCAACGUGUGAAUAGCUCUAAUUUGAAUGAUUCUAGUUUUAUGAAUGGUGGCACAGACACCGACGGUGUGAAAGUCAUACGACCAGUGGCCAUAGGCCAUCCCAAUUUCCCCCAACCGCAACACUGUAGUAGUCCUACCAAAGAUAUGCAGACCAACAGCAACACACAGACGACAACACCACAAACAUCUGCAUCAGGAGAACAAAAUAGUAAUAGUAGUUCUAGUAAAUUUUCCACAGCCAAUUGUACGAUAUCAUCGCAAUCAUCAAAUGCCAAUACGCCACCGGAUGAUAGUUCCGUGACAGCGUCCACUUCAACGAAGGCCAACUCAAAGAUGAGUACAAAUGCCAUCAGCAGCAGCGGCGGUGGUGGUGGGACAAUAAAAUUUCCUAAUUGUAUAACUACCACGAAAUCGGAUUCAAUUGAUGGCAACAUUACUGGGAAUCAUGUCAACACAUUAUCAUCAUCGUCGGGCUACAACAGCAAGGCAUCGAACAGUAGCAAAUCUUCAGAUUCGGGAAUAUCAGCAUUCAACUCGUUAACACAACGUUUAUCGAAUUUCUCAUUUCUCAAUUCAUCCGAUAAGAAAUCACUAAAUCUCGAGGGCGGCAGUACACGACAAAAUCGUCGUACCUUAAGUCUACUCAAAUCGUAUAAUCAUCAUAAUUCCUCCACACUAAAUCAUCAUCAUGGACACAGUAAUCACCAACACAUGGCAAAUUCAACACAAAUUGAAACGAAUGCAAAUUCAACGUCAACAUCGUCGCACAGUUUCGGUUCUCUCAAGCUGGGCAAAUCGUCAUCGUCGUCACACCAUCACCACAAUUCACUGUCACACAACAUGUCAAAUUGUUCGCCAUCGUCGACGGCAAAUUCAAUUAUAACAUCAUAUGACCCACUGAAAUUAAUUGGUACACCAGCGUGUCCGCGUUUCGAUGAGUGUCCCCUGUUGGAGCCGUUAGUGUGCAAAAAGAUCGCUCACGAACGUUUGAGUGCAUUAAUAUUUCGUGAAGAUUGUUUUCUAACCGCAUGUCAGGAUGGAUUUAUUUAUACAUGGGCUAGGCCGGGUUAUUCAACGAAUGUUCCACAACAUUUAUCGCCAACGCAAACAGCACCGCCUGGCGGUACGGUAAUAUAGUUCGAUAAAAUUAAUAUAAAACAGUAUCAUAAGAAUUUAGAGAAAUUAAAUCACUAUACUCCAAAUC